AUGGUGUUCACUACUUCUCCUACAGUGCAGUCCCUGCCCUUCCCUCCGGAUAGUAUUCCUAUCAGUGACCUGAUAUUCGACGAUAAAUAUGGACGGUGUCUCGUGGAGAAUUACUCAUUCAAGGAGUAUGAGCAGCGAGUCGAUCUUCUAUCCCGCGGCUUGUCAAAGGAUAUCGGCUGGCAGCCGAAUCAAGGUACUGAGCUACACAAAGUCAUUGCAAUUUUUAGCGUCAACACGAUUGACUUUGUUGCAGUGACUCUGGCUACGCAGCGUCUUGGAAGAGCUAGUCUUCUGAUCCAUCCGACGAGUACGGCGACUGAGUUAGAAAGCCAUCUUAAAGCCAGUGGCUGUAAGGUUAUCUUCACUUGUGCUCCACUGUUACCGACUUGCCUAGAGGCUUCUAAGAAGCUAGAUGUGCCUCUGUCCAGCAUUUAUCUGCUAGAACUUCCUGUCCCAGCGGCGGUACCCAACGUGGAUCACUUCAAAACAGUCAAUCAGCUCAUAAAAUUCGGAUCUGACCAACCAAUGCGGGAAAGAGCAACAUGGACGGAACACCAAGGGAAGUCUCGAUUAGCCUUCCUAUGUUCUUCUAGCGGCACAUCGGGAUUCCAAAAACUGGUGAAAGUCUCUCACUACAAUGUCGUUUCCAAUAUUCUCCAAACCGCAACGUUUGAACUUGGCGCAGCCAACCGGGACAAAUCUUUGGGUCUUCUACCUUUUAGCCAUAGCUUUGCACUAGUUACUGCCCUUAUCCAAGUAUAUCGGGGAGAUACUAUUGUUAUCCUCCCUAAGUUUGAUAUGCAGCAGAUGUUGGCAGCCACAAAGCAAUAUCAGCUGAAUCGACUGUAUCUGGUUCCUCCGAUCUUAGUUGGAUUGUUGAAAUAUUCGACCCGACUCGGCGUCAAAGAGCUGUCAGCUCUUAAAUCUCACCUCGAGUCCGUGAAGUCGGUUGUCAUUGGGGCCGCCCCCUUUGACGUCGCCACCGCAAAGCAGCUUUCCGUCAUCUUCCCCGAUUGGGAAAUAUUGCAAGGCUAUGGCCUCACAGAAGCAUCUGUUGUAGUAUCAUAUACCAGAUCCGGUAAUGUCUAUCUAGGCUCCUCGGGUAUGCUUCUUCCUCUCGUUCAGGCCCGUCUGAUAGAGAAGACUGGAACGGAGGUCACAGCAUACGGAACUCCAGGGGAGCUUGUUAUUCAAUCCCCUAGCAUUGUCCUUGGUUAA